AUACAUUUAUUGAGAAAUUCAGAAUAUGUUAAAAGCAGACCUUGUUCAUUAAGCAACCGACUAACCGUAAGAAUUCCAUUGUCGUACAUUGUUUAUAUACAGAGUGCAAAGGAACGUCGCAUAUGCACGUCUUUCAGAAAAGUGAGUGACGGGAAAGUAGCACAACAGCACAGAAAGAACCCGGUUUUGUUUAGCUGAACUUCUUCACGGGGAGGUUCCUCUGGUUCGGGCAUGCUCAGUCAGCUUGUUGUUGUCUAAGAACCUGUACGCAUCAAUCAUCCGAGCUCUCCAUCCACACCCAGUUAAGAAGUUUAUGAGCAGGCAUCGCCAUAGGCCUUACAUAAUAAAAUCAGUAAGACCCGCCCACACGAGUUAAAGGCCGAGCAGGGAACAUGCACAGCUUCAGUUUUGUUUUGCACCCGAAGGAAGAGCAGCUCGCCUCUCUCGCUUUUUGUUUGACUUCGCACGUCUGAAUUCGACACACUUUAGGGGCUGCAAACUUUUGCAAGACCAAAGAUGAUUUUCGACAAGCUGAAAAAGAUCGACAUAGUGUUUGAUUCUCCGGAGCUGGACUGUCCUCCGGUGUUCAGCAGCGGGGAUGUCGUCUCGGGGAAGGUUGUGCUCGAGCUCUCGGCGGAGAGUAAAGUCGAGUCGCUGAAGUUGCACGCUGAAGGUUUCGCUAAAGUCUACUGGACCGAGUCUCGCAGCGCCGGCUCCAGCACCGCUUACACGCAGAACUACAGCGACGAAGUGGAGUACCUGAACCGGAGAGAGGUUCUGCUGCAGGCAGAUAACGGUGAACUGACAGUCCUGUCUGCCGGGCGACACGAGUACCCUUUCAGUUUCCAGCUGCCAGAGGAAACCCUAGUGACAUCUUUUGAGGGCAAGCACGGCAGCAUUCGAUACUGGGUGAAGGUUAAGCUGCAUCGCCCAUGGGCCACCGUCAAGAAGAUCAAGAAGGAGUUCACGGUUAUCGAGCCCAUUGACAUCAACACACCGAGUUUGCUGGCGCCUCAAGCUGGAACCCAAGAGAAGAUGGCCCGCAUCUGGUACCGCAACUGCGGGCAGGUGUCGAUCACCGCAAAGAUCGACCGCAAGGGCUACACGCCGGGUGAAGUGAUUCCAGUCUUCGCUGAAUUCGAUAACUCCACGUCUCGCGCCGUGAUGCCGAAAGCUUACAUCACCCAGACGCAGACCUUCAUCGCAAGGGGAAGCAUGAAACAGAAGAGGGCCGUGGUGGCCACGUUGUGCGGGGACAUAGUUGGUGCACGCCGUAGAGAGAUGUGGCACGGCCGCGCCAUCAAAAUCCCCCCAGUUGGCCCCUCCAUCCUGCAGUGUCGCAUCAUUAAAGUGGAAUACAUGCUCAAGGUGUGCGUUGAUGUUCCUGGGACAUCCAAGCUUUCCCUGGAGCUUCCUUUGGUUAUGGGCACCAUCCCUUUGCAUCCGUUCGGCAGUCGCACGUCUAGCGUAAGCAGCCAGUACAGCGUGAACAUGGAGUGGCUUCGCAUGGCCAUCCCUGAGCAGCCUGAGCCUCCUCCAGAUUACAGCGCUGUUGUGUCAGAUGAGGAAGCAGUCCAGAACUCCACAGCAGUCCAACCUGAGGAAGAUCUCAGCGGCGUGCUGCAGCGCUCCCUCAUGGCCUACGUGCAGGAGUUCAGAUUACGCCCACCUCCGGUGUACAGCGAGGUGAGUAGACAUGCAAAAACUGUAGUUAUGUAUUAGACCAGGGGUCACCAA